CUUCCUCUAUGUGGAUCGGCAGCACACAGCUGCGUUACACUGCCACCUACAGGCAGCACAGUGACACGGCCAGUCCCAACAGAACCGACAGAGGGAGCACAGCGCGAACUCUCCAGCACCGGCGAGAAGGAACGAAGGCUGAGCGCAUGCGCGAAAUGAAGGUGCCGCGCGCCCAUGCGCAUGCGUGCCUCGGCACUUCCACCCCGGAAGUGGGUCUGGACUACGCAAGGGCGGACACGGUGCUGGGAGCCGCGUCGGGUCGGGCGCCUUUGCGUUUGUUACCGGCGGUAAAGCGCCGCUCUCACAUUUGGAGACGGCGAGAACUUGGGACUAGCUGUGCCAUGAAUCCUGAGCUUGGAAGGAAGAUUUUCAAAGGAGUUAUAUUAGUGGAAAUUAUCGGAGUUGCUAGCGCAUAUGCACUAUAUGUUAAAAUGGAUAAUAAUCAAGAUUUCAGACAAAAAAUGCAUAGGAGAUACCCAUCAAUCCUAGAAGUUUAUUACAAAUGUAAUGAAUACGCUGGUUUUCAUGGAAAAAGGGAGAAAGAUCAAGCAGCAUGGUUAAUCAGCAAAAGCUAAUUCAUUUUGUGUCUAAACUUCUUUUUCUGCUUGAUGAUGCUCUUCACAUCCUUAUUGUGAAUCCACCUGUUGCGUUCUUCCUCCCACCUGAGCUGUUUGACAUCUAAUGGAGGAAGACAGAGAGCACAUAGAUAAGUUUGGAGUGACUACGUCCUAGAAAAAUCUGGCAUUGAGUUUUAUGGAUGCAAAGAAUACUGCCUGAGUUAGAGAUUCAUGACCGACAAACUCUCUGCUAUGUUUUGUCCUAAAAAACACAAAAUGCUUUAUGUACAAAUAAAUACAAAGUUCCCUCCAUUCAACAGUC